AUGAACGCCGACUACUUCACGGUUGGAGUGCGCACCGGACCACCUGGCUUAGGUGGGAUUUCCCUGCUGAUGAUUCACAGAGACUUCCCGGGCGUACAGCUGAAGCGGCUGGCCACUCAAGGCUGGCUUUGCAGCAGCACCACCCUGGUAGCUCUGAAUGACGUGCGUGUGCCUGUGGAGAAUCUUUUGGGCCAGGAAAACCAAGGCUUUCUGCCCAUCAUGCUCAACUUCAACAAUGAGCGCUUCAGCAUGGCCGUCUCGGCGUGUCGCAUGUCACGGUGCUGUCUGGAAGAUGCCAUCAGGUAUGCGCGUGCUCGGAAGACCUUUGGGAAACCCCUCAUCGGACACCAGGUCAUUCGGCAUAAGCUGUCCGAGAUGGCGCGGCUGGUACUGGCCACGCAUUCGCUUCUGAUGGAAGUCUCCCGCGCGUGGCACUCCAACGAAUCUGCGCAGCGUGUGGCUGGGCAGGUGGCGCUUGCCAAAGUGCAGGCAUCCCGCACGCUGGAGUUCUGUGCACGAGAAGCCUCGCAAGUGCUUGGAGGUCGCAGCUACCUGCGGGGUUCGCAGCCCGGCGGUCGCAUCGAACGCUGCUGGCGCGAGGUCCGCGUCUAUGCCAUUGGCGGAGGAAGUGAAGAGAUCAUGCUCGAGUUGGCGGCGCGUGCCGCGAAGUUGUGA